AUGUCCACAGGUAUAAAAGCUUCCGCAACCGCGCGUAUACGAUCGCGCUUUAACCAGUUUGAGAAAAGGGUUACAUUCCUACUCGUACCAGAGGUUUCUAAUCCUUUACCCGCGGUCUACAUUGAUCGAAAAUCACUACAAGUUCCAGCGAAUAUACGACUAGCGGACCCUGAAUUUCACCGGCCAUCAGAAGUUGAUGCCUUAUUAGGCAAUAAACUUUUCUACAAACUUUUGUGUGUAGGCCAAAUAAAAAUAAAGGGUCACGAAGCCGUAUUACAGAAAACGCACUUAGGUUGGAUAGUUGCUGGUGAACUCAAGCUGAAUUGCGACAGAUCACAGCAGGUAACAUGUAAUUGCAUUCAAACAGCAAAUCCGUAUGAAGCCGAUGAGUUUACUCGAUUCUGGGAUAUCGAACAAGUUCCUAUUAAAAAACGCUUGUCACCGGAAGAGCAGGCCUGUGAAAAACACCUUACCGAAAACGUCAAACGAGACAGCACCGGUCGCUACACUGUGAAAUUACCGUUUAAUUAA